CCGCCUCCUGCUCCGCGUCUUCGGCGGCUUCCGUCUGGACGCCCUACACUUGCGGAGCCGGCCGCGUCGUGAGGGGGUCGAGACCGGGUGUUGGACGUCUGUGCGCAUCCUGGCGACCUGAGAAGCGAAGAUGUCGGAUAUCGGGGAUUGGUUCAGGAGUAUCCCGGCCAUCACGCGGUAUUGGUUCGCCGCUAGCGUCGCGGUGCCCUUGAUUGGCAAACUCGGCCUUAUCAGCCCGGCCUACCUGUUCCUUUGGCCUGAAGCUUUUCUUUAUCGAUUUCAGAUCUGGAGGCCAAUUACUGCCACCUUUUACUUCCCCGUGGGCCCAGGAACGGGAUUUCUUUAUUUGGUUAAUUUAUAUUUCUUAUAUCAGUAUUCUACGCGUCUUGAAACAGGAGCUUUUGAUGGGAGGCCAGCCGACUAUUUAUUCAUGCUCCUCUUUAACUGGAUCUGCAUCGUGAUUACGGGUUUAGCAAUGGACAUGCAGUUGCUGAUGAUCCCUUUGAUCAUGUCAGUGCUGUACGUCUGGGCCCAGCUGAACAGAGACAUGAUCGUGUCGUUUUGGUUUGGAACACGAUUUAAGGCCUGUUACUUGCCCUGGGUCAUCCUCGGGUUCAACUAUAUCAUCGGAGGCUCGGUAAUCAAUGAGCUGAUCGGAAAUCUAGUUGGACAUCUUUAUUUCUUCUUGAUGUUCAGAUACCCAAUGGAUUUGGGAGGAAGGAAUUUUCUCUCCACACCUCAGUUUUUGUACCGCUGGCUGCCCAGCAGGAGAGGAGGGGUCUCGGGAUUUGGCGUGCCCCCUGCCAGCAUGAGACGAGCGGCUGAUCAGAACGGCGGUGGUGGAAGACACAACUGGGGCCAGGGCUUCCGACUCGGAGACCAGUGAAGAGCGGCUUGGCCACCCGCUGCCCUGACCUGGCUGCUGCGUCCUCCAUGCUGGGUGUGCGUAACCACCGAGCCCUGGCUGAUGCCCUUGGACCUGACCCACACUGAAUGUAGUCUUUCGGUACAAGACAAAGUUUUCUAAGUCCUGAAGAAAAAUAUAUGUAUUUCUCCAGUUCCGUGAUUCUCAGUCAAGUCUUUACUGCUAUGAAGAGCAAAUAUCAACUGGGCAGAUUUCCAAACUGA